AUGAACGUCAAAGGUUUCGUUCUCGCACUUUACCUAUGGGCGCUCAGCGCAGUUCCUGUCUUUUGCGAAAAAUUCGCCAGCAAAUGUGAAGGAUCAGAAGACACAGUUCCAUGGUGUUUAAGAUGGGAAARCACUGAAGCCCCAAGAAUGACCGACAUUGUUCUUAUCGAGAAAAAGGGUCAAGUAAAGGUUCACGCGAUUGUUGGCGAUCCAGAAUAUUACAAACAUUUGAAUGUCUCAGAAACGCAUGAUGACGAUCUGCCAUUUAUGGACAUGGUUAACCUCAUUAUGAUGGGGAAACUGAGGAUGAAGGCAUCAUUCUGGAUGAAUGAGAAAAUAGAUAUACCUUAG